GCCCAACUCCCAUGCAUGUAGGCCGAAGCUCCCAGAAGAUGCCACUCCUCCCCUCCCCGCUCGGAUCUCUCUCCGCCGCCGCCACCGCCGCCCCACGCCGCGCCGCCGCGGCUGCCGGGCUCUCGCCGCUCCUACUCCGGCGCCGCGCCCCUAUCGCCGGCGCUCUCCUCUUCCUCAGCCUCGGCGCCUUCGCAGGGGUGAGAAGUCUCAGCUCUUCAGCUUCUGCUCGAAUGGAGUCUACUUCCACCACUGUGCCUUCCAUUGUUGUGUAUGUGACAGUUCCUAAUAAAGAAGCAGGAAAGAGGCUAGCUGGGAGCAUUAUAAGUGAGAAGCUUGCUGCUUGUGUGAACAUAGUGCCUGGUAUUGAAUCUGUUUACUGGUGGGAAGGAAAGGUGCAAACUGAUGCUGAAGAACUGCUCAUCAUAAAGACAAGGGAGUCUCUUCUUGAUGCGUUGACCGAACACGUGAAAGCCAACCAUGAGUAUGACGUUCCUGAAGUCAUCGCGCUGCCCAUAAAAGGAGGCAACCUCAAGUACCUGGAGUGGCUAAAGAACAGCACUAGGGAAAGCUAACUCUGUGCCGUGGCAUGCUUUUUCACUACAUUUCGAAGCGUCUGGUGAUACGUAUACUCUGCAUCUCCAUGGCUUCGGUGUGAAGUGUGAUGGAUUUUCCUAUCUUUUACAGCUUAUGUCAAAUAAACUGUAGUAGCGUGCGUGCAUGGCAGAUGUUGUACAUGAAACCCUCUCGUGUUUGUGGAGUUAGACGACAUUUCGUUUCUAUUUGAUUUUUUUUUGGGUGAAGUCAUGAAUCUGUCAUCUGUGUUAUCACCUUUCCCAUGUCAAACCCAUCUUGAAUGGUGGCUUGGCGUGAGGUUGGUUUCGCUGUGAGUGCCCCAGUUAAAAGUGAAUGCUUCUGGUCUGGUUGCACCGUAGCAUAUGCAAUCAGGUCUUGUCUUCCUACAA